UUACUUCCACUUGUGUUUGCGCUCUGAGACUUUGGUCUGGGGUAAAAGGUCUUCACAGCUGCUCAGCUCCUCUGGCUGAACUCCUGAAAUCCUGUUAGUGGAGGGUGACACAUCUACCUCUACAGCCAUGGCUUUCCCUGUGGGGUUUGGAUGGGGAGCAGCCACUGCCGCUUAUCAGGUGGAAGGAGGCUGGGAUGCAGAUGGAAGAGGCCCUUGUGUCUGGGACACAUUCACCCAUCAGGGAGGCGAGCGAGUGUUUGAGAACCAGACCGGCGAUGUAGCUUGUGGCAGCUACACUCUGUGGGAAGAAGAUUUGAAAUGUAUCAAACAGCUUGGAUUGACUCAUUACCGCUUCUCUCUUUCCUGGUCACGUCUGUUACCUGAUGGGACGACAGGUUUCGUCAACCAGAAAGGAAUCGACUAUUACAACAAGAUCAUAGACGAUUUGUUAGGGAAUGGAGUGACACCGAUAGUGGCCAUAUAUCAUUUCGAUUUGCCUCAGGCUUUAGAAGACCUAGGAGGUUGGUUGUCAGAAGCAAUUGUUGAAACCUUUGACAAAUAUGCUCAGUUUUGCUUCAGGACCUUUGGAGACCGUGUGAAACGGUGGCUCACCAUAAACGAGCCAAAUAUUCUUGCUCUUUUGGCCUAUGACAUGGGAAUCUUUGCUCCUGGCAUGCCUCACUUUGGGGUUGGGGGAUAUCAAGCAGCUCAUAAUUUGAUUAAGGCUCAUGCCAGAUCUUGGCACAGCUAUGAUUCUUUAUUCCGAAAAGAACAGAAGUGUUUAGUGUCCCUAUCAUUAUUUUGUUGCUGGUUAGAACCAGCAGAUCCCAACUCAGAGCUUGACCAGGAAGCAACAAAGAGGGCCAUCAAUUUCCAGUUUGAUUUUUUUGCUAAACCUAUAUUUAUUGAUGGUGAUUAUCCUGAAGUUGUCAAGUCCCAGGUUGCCUCCAUGAGUAAAAAGCAAGGCUAUUCAUCAUCAAGGCUUCCAGAAUUCACAGAAGAAGAGAAGAAAAUGAUCAAAGGCACUGCUGAUUUCUUUGCUGUUCAAUAUUAUACAACUCGCUUAGUCAGGCACCAGGAGAAUAAGAAGAGAGAACUCAGCUUCCUUCAGGAUGUGGAGAUUGAAUUUUUUCCCAAUCCAUCUUGGAAAAAUGUAGGUUGGAUCUACGUGGUGCCAUGGGGAAUAAGAAAACUACUGACGUACAUUAAGGAUACAUAUAAUAACCCUGUAAUUUACAUCACCGAGAAUGGGUUUCCCCAGGGUGACCCCCCAUCUCUUGAUGACACUCAACGUUGGGAGUAUUUCAGACAGACAUUUCAGGAACUAUUUAAAGGGAAGACCUUCACAGUAGUCACUGGAUCUUUAGAGAAAGGAGAAGCAGCCAGUGUGCCAGGUUUCCUGUAGCAUCCUACUCAGGUUCCGGUUGUUGCAGCUUCUCCUGGACUUCUCUGUUGGACUGCAGAUAACUAUCUCGUUACUUUGUUCCUUAUAUAGCCUUUCUUCUGUUCAUGUCCAAUUAUCUUCCUCUCUCCCUUCUUUCCUCCCUCUCCCCCUUGUCCUAUCUAUUUUUUCAGUAUUUGUUCUGUAUUAUCCCAAAGAAUGACCAUAGAAGAAAAAAACCCAGAAACUAAGUGUUGGCUGAGCGUUAUGCUGGGGUUCAUACUCUCUCAUGUGACCUUUACAAUAAAUUUAGUAGUAGAGCUCAGUGUCUUCACUGGCACGUAAGAAGCCAAAGUUUCCCUUCAGCUAGCAGUGUUUCCCUCGACAAGAUAGUCUGCUUCAGAUUUUUGGGUUACUAAUUCAUAAAAGUAGUCAAAGUUGUCUCUGUGCCUUAGCCUCUGUAAAUUUGGCCACUGUAUAUUCCCAUGGCCCUUGUAACAACUAAGAACUCUGCGAGUUUGUGCGUGUUAUCAAUUGGCUUCUUUUCCUUAGUUAUUUUCUAUACCUGUUUGAUUAUCUUUGAUUAUCCAGUAUGAUUACUUUUAAGUGUUUAUAAUAACAAUUGAAACAUUGGUGCCUUCAUCCAAAGUAUUUGAGUGCUUCCAUGUGCUUGGGGUACUGUCAAUGUAAAUUUAUCUGAGAGUCAGAUUUAAUUCUUGAUGACAAAUAAGAGACAACAUUUCCAAAUGUUAAGUCCUGACACUGUCACUGUAAUCCCUAAUAAGGUGUAUCCUACUUAGGUGUCUAUUGCUGUAAAGUGAUACCAUGACCAUAGCAACUAUUAUAAAGGAAAACAGUUAUUUGUGAUUGUCUUAUAGUUCAUGGCUUAGUCCAUUAUCAUCAUGACAAAAAGCAUGGUGACAUGCAGGCACACAUGGUGCUGGAAGGAGCUGACAGUUCUACAUCUGGAUCAACAGGCAGCAGGAAGAGAGAGUGAGCCACUAGACUUGACCUGAAAGCCUGAAAGACUUUCUGAAACCCCAAAGCCCACGACCAGUGAUACAGUACCUCUAAUAAGGCCACACCUAUUCCAACAAGGCCUCAUGUCCUAAUGCUUUCAAAUAAUGCCGCUCCCAAUUAGCCUAUGGGGCCUAUUUUCAUUUAAACUACCACAUUAUGGUCAUAGCUUUUAGUGUGUGGGAUUGCAGUGCUAGGCAUUUCCUGGACUUUCAGAAAAUAAAAUGAAACAAUUUUCAGAUUUCCUAACAUUGAAACAUUCCAUCAGAUAAAAGUAGCUGACAGAAGUUAGGAUGGUGAUACUUUCUUGAUUCUUGUAUCCAUUUGCUUAGAAACUUUUUUUUUUUUUCAUCCUCCCACUUUUAAGGUCCAUUUUGUUUCCUCAUCUACUCAGCCCUGGCCUGUGUCUUUUGAUUGGAGUGCAGAAGCCAUUGAUAUUUAGAAUUAUUAUUGAAAGGUGUCUGUGUAGUGAAGUCUUUUUAUUUUUUGGUUUAUGUUUUUAGUUGUAGCAUUUUUUUAUAUUAAACUAUAGCUUCAUUUGUGUUUUUUUUUCAGAGAUUCUCUUGCCACAUUUAUUUUUAUCUUCAGUUUGAAGAAUUUUGUUCAGUAUUCUGUUUAGUGUUCUUUUCUUUUCUUUUUUUUUUCUUUUUCUAUUUGGAUCACAGGAAGUUUUUUUUGUUGUUGUUGUUGUUUUUUUUUUUUUCUUUUUUUUUCUCCUGCAACUAUGGCAGAUAUUUUUCCUGCAUAUAGUAGUCUAGGUUGGCCAUAAUUAACUUUUACAAAUUAAAAUUCAUUGUUUCAUACUCUUCUGGCUUUCAGAGUUUCCAGAUCAGCUACUGUACUGGUGGGCUUUCCUUCCAUAUGUGACUUAAUUUUUUUCUUUUUUUUAUACUUUCUUCUAUAUGUGACAUAUUUUUCUCUUGCACCUGUAUUUUACAUUGUGCUGUAUAUAUAAUCUUUUAAAUAUCAUAUAUAUGAUGGAGCUUUCUUUAUU